CCUGCCCGCUCUGACGGAGCCCAGCUGCGGAGGAGAGAGGACAGAGCGAGCCGCUGGUGUGGACGCUGGCCGGAUGGUUAAAUCUAACCUACAGACGAUUUUGAAUAGUCAUUGUUUUGUUAGAGAAAAAGAGAGAAACUUAUCCGAGAUGCCUGUCAUUGAGCAAUCCAGUAAUAAACCCGAAAGUGAAAGUAUCUCCAGUCCUAGGAGGUGCUCCCGCUGUUGCAGUAACCCGUGUCCGGGGCCUCUGUGGUGCUCCGAUGCCCCUCUCCCACCCCUGAAGAUCCCAGGUGGGCGAGGGAAUGACCAGCGGGAUCGCAAUCUUUCAGCUAAGCUAUUCUACUCUGAUACUCAGUUGGUGGUUCUUGAGGAGCCUGCCCCUGCCAACGGCCGAGUGCGAUUCUUGCUCUUUGAGCCACGUCGCUCUGAGGGCAAGCACUGUGUCUGGAGGGCAGCGCUGAAAGGAGGGAACCUGUAUGUUGAAAUCCCUCCUGGAGCUUUGCCCGAGGGCAGCAAAGACAGUUUUGCCCUUCUGCUGGAAUUUGCAGAGGAGAAGCUGCAGGUUGAUCAUGUGUUCAUCUGUUUUCACAAGAAUCGUGACGAUAGAGCAUCCCUGCUGCGAACAUUCAGUUUCCUGGGCUUUGAGAUUGUGAGACCAGGUCAUCCCCUCGUCCCCUCCCGCCCUGACGCUUUCUUCAUGGCUUACAGCAUCGAGCGAGACUCCUCUGAUGACGAUUAAAUGACGCUGA